ACACCACACAUUCCUAGCCACAAACACUUUUCGUAAGCCUCUUCACUUGCUUCUCUCUUUGCUAUUCCCAUUAUAAUCAUAUUCAAUCUUGUGCAUCUCUCUUCUGUAAAAUCUUAACCUUGUUUCUCGAAAGAAAAAAAUAAAUAAUCUCGAUCUCUUAAUCUGUUCAAUAUCCAUUUGUAAUGGCGUUCGACGGUGUUCUUACUGAUGGUGCAUCUGAAAUACUGAAAAAGCUGGUUACUGUACUUGGCAGUGAUAUUAGUCUGGUUUGGGGCGUCAAGGAUGAUCUGAACAGGCUUAAACAAACAUUGGAGGUUAUUGCUGCUGUAACAUCCGAUGCAGAGAUGAAGCAGCUGAAAGAUGCUGCGGUUAAACUUUGGUUAAAGAGGCUCAAGGAUGUUUCGUAUGAUGCUGAGGAUGUUCUCGAAGAAUUUUCUUACGAAGCUAUGCAUCGAUCUAAUAAGAAGAGUAAGGUAAAAGUUUUCUUUUCAUCCUCCAAUCAAGUUGCCUUUUGUUCGAAAAUGGCUCGUAAAAUCAAAGGUAUCAAUACACAGUUAGAUCAAAUAGCAGCUGAUAUGGAAAGAUUUCAUUUUCAAACUAGUAGCAGUGUUGGAUACAAGCAAGAGCAACAUAACCGGCAAACCACUUCAUUCUUUGUGGAUAUUUCAAAAUUUGUAGGAAGAAAAGAAGAUAAAUCAAAGAUAGUAAGGAUGUUAACGACGACGAGCAUAUCGUCGUCAACAUCACUGCCAUCAUCUUCUGUAAAUUAUAAUACACAUGAAAAAGUCUCCGUCAUAUCCAUUGUGGGUAUGGGUGGAGUUGGAAAGACCAGUCUAGCACAAUCUAUCUACAGUGACAAAUCAGUGGAAAUAUACUUCAAAAAAAUAAUGUGGGUCUGCAUCUCUGAUGACUUCGAUGUGUUUAAAAUAUUAAAAAACAUAAUGGAGUCUAUCACUAAUUCUAAAUGCGAAGAUUUUUCAAACACUAAUGUAUUAGAAAGAAAAGUUAGAGAAGAAUUAGAAGGAAAAAAAUAUUUGCUAGUCCUAGAUGACCUGUGGAACGAAGACCCCAUAAAAUGGGAAAACCUUAAGGUUGUCCUAGACUGCGGCUCUGUUGGCAGCAAAGUUUUAGUCACUACACGCAGUCUAAAAGUUGCAUCGGUGGUGCAAGGUUCAAUUCCUCCUUACAACCUAGAUGUAUUAUCUGAAGCUGAUUGUUGGUCUAUUAUCAAGAACAAAGCUUUUUCUCCAGGUGGAGCAGAAGAAACUCCAAAUAUGAAAAUCAUAGGAGAGGAGAUAGCAAAAAAAUGUGGAGGUUUGCCCCUUGCUGCAAAUUUUUUUGGUUGUCAUAUGCACUCACACAGGAAUGAAAGGGAUUGGUUGUCAAUCAGAGACAACGAAGACAUAGAAACACUAGGAAAUCAGAGUGGCGGAAUCAUACCAAUAUUGAAAUUGAGUUACGAUUCUUUACCAUCCCAUUUGAAACAGUGUUUCUCAUAUUGUUGUUUAUUUCCCAAAGAUUGGGAAUUUAAUCGAGAAUCAUUGAUUCGAUUGUGGGUGGCCGAAGGGUUCAUUCAUCCAUCUAUUGGAGCAAAUCAAAACUCACUCGAAGAUAUUGGUAAUGAUUACUUCCUUGGUUUGCUGUCUAAUUCUUUCUUUCAAGAUGCAAAAAGGGAUGAACACUUAGCUGACAUUGUAUCGUUUAAAAUGCAUGAUUUAGUGCAUGAUCUUGCGUUAAGUGUCAUUAGCAAUCAUGAAGUGAAGACUUUCAAUGCAAGCGAAAUGAAUGAUGAUGUGUCCCAGAUUCGUCGGCUACGGGUAUCCCUCAUGGAAGAAAUUCCCAAAAAUGCUAAAAAAUUGCGGACGAUUUUUUUCCAAGAAGGUUUUGCUUUCCCAAUUCCACUAAGUAACAAGCAUCUUCGUGUAAUACAUCGGCUUGAUGAGGAUAGUUAUUGGAAUACUACUCCUGUAUCUUCUUCUGCUUUCAAGUUUAAACACAUGAGGUACCUUGACCUCAGUUUUUCAGAUAUUGAAGAUGUUCAUGCUGAGUCCAUUCAUCAACUCUACAAUCUCCAAACUCUCAACUUUCAUUAUUCCAAAAGUGUUCAAAACAUUCUCAAAGAAGGAAUUGGUUGUUUGAUUAAUUUGCGACAUCUAGAUCUGUCUUAUUCAGACGCCAACCUUCUACCUGAUUCUAUUACAAGGCUCGCCAAUUUGGAGACUUUAGAUAUCCAUAACUGUAGGGGUAUUCGUGUCUUACCUCCAAAUAUUGGUCAUCUCCAAAAUCUAGCGUCCCUUGAUAUUUCAAGUACACGAAUCUCAGAGUUACCCGAUUCAAUCUCUCUCCUCCAUAAGCUAACCAAGUUCGACUUCUUAUACUGUAAUUUAGAAGCACUACCUCGUAGCUUUGGAACAUUGACGCAACUAAGGUCACUUGAUUUGAGUUGUACUAAUAUAACAGAAUUGCCAGAGUCUUUGACUAGCAACAUCUGUAAAUUAGAGUAUGUGAACUUUGCAGCUGGGUGUAAGUUACCCGAAGACAUUAAGAAUUGGGUGAAAUUGAGAUGUUUAUUAUUCUGGGGAGGCGCAGAUGUAAUGAUGCCUAGAGGUGUUGAAAAUCUAACUCGCCUCGAAGUAUUAGAUUCUUUUACUGUGAGGAAAGAAGAUGAUGUCUCCAUCGACAGCUGCAGUUAUAAUUCAAAUUCUUCUUCUAUCCACGGAUUAGCAAAUAUGAACUCCCUUCGGAUGUUAAAGAUACAAAGUCUAGAGAAUGUGAGAGGUGGUAAAGUAGAGGAGGAAAGGGCAAAGUUAAAAGACAAGCAAAACAUUCAAGAAUUGGAACUAGUAUGGUAUUUCAUAGACGAAGAAGUGGUUGUUAAUAAUUCUUUUAUGGUGCUGGAAGGUCUCCAACCUCACCCUAAUUUGAAGGAAUUUUCUAUCACGGGUUUUCCUGGUUUAAAGCUUCCGAAGUGGAUGGGAUCAUCUUCGUGUCUUCCUAAUUUAGUGAAAUUAUAUUUUUUCUGCUGCGAGAAUUGUGUAAAAUUAAUAGGUCUGGGUCAACUCCCGUGUCUUCAGAUUCUUAAGAUACAAAAAAUGGAUUCAGUCAAGUGUUUAGGUGAGGAGCUUUAUUACCAGAAUCAAGAAGAAGAUGAAAGCAAAGGUCCUGCAAUAUGUACUACUACAACAACAUUAUUCCCUUCGUUAACUCAGUUGCACAUCAUCGAUUUGAAAGUUUUAGAAGAAUGGUUUGCACCUGAUAAUUCCUUCCCUUGCCUUGAGGAAGUAGAGAUCAAAGAGUGCGGUAACUUGACUUCCAUUCCAGAUUUAAGGUUAUGGACUUCUUUUCUCAGGGGAUAAGUAUAAGGAAUUGCAAAAAGCUUGAUAAGGAAACUCUUGAAUAUUAUCUCGACCAAUUCCUCCCAUCUGUUGAAUACAAACGGGAUUGAGCUUACCAGCAACACCACACCAAUAUAUGUACCUUCUAAUUCUCUCUCUGUGUUUCUUUUUCGUUUUUUAUUUUCUUCCCUUGCCUUGACGAUGUACAGAUCUACGAGUGCAGUAAUUUGAGAUCUAUUCCAGAUUUACGAUUGUGGAGUUCUUCUCUCAGCGAACUAAGCAUACGUGGUAGCAAAAAGCUUGAAAAAGAGCCUACGGAAUAUUAUAUUAUCUCAACAAAUACCUCCCAUCUGUUAAAUACAAAUGGGAUCAACCAACAUGACCAAUAUAUUGGUUAAGAUACGCGGUUCAGUUUAGUAUAUCUUGAUUAUUGAAAUAUCAAAGACGUGCUUCAGGAGGAGGACGCUGAUAACUCAUUUUCCUUCUUGAAGAAUAAUCGGAGUCUAAAAUUCAGUUGUUUUUUUUUAAUUGUAAUUUGUCUUUUUUUUUCUUGUAAUGAGGAGCAACUUCACUCUAGUUACACAUCAAUUUCUACUUUUCUUCAUCGAAUUCCACCAAUUUGUACACUGGUUUCAUCCAUUUUAUAAAGAGAAAAAAAAGAAGAAGAGCAAAUUCUCAAUUAUUUGCUAA